GAUACUAUGCUAAAAAUGAGCCUUUAGGUUUCUUUGAAUCAAUCGAAGAAAAAAUUGUUAAUGUUUACAAAAGAGAGUUAGCUUUAAAGGGUGGAUUAAAGCAUGAAACUAUAGAAAUAAUUAGAGAAGAUCAAAUCAUUGCAACUAUAGAAAAAGGAUAUAACGAAAUUAUAGACCAGAUUGAGGAUGAAGCAAUACAAGAAUCAGGAUGGUCAUUUGUUCGAGCAGAAGAGUAUAUAAGUGCAUAUCAUACAAGAGAGGAAGCAAAAAAAGCUAAUAGAAAGCCACCACAUCUUAAUGAAAUCCGGAGACUUAGACGAAAUGCAAAUAUAGCAAAUUUUGAAGGCAUAAAAUUUCCAGCAAUACUCCAUGAUAUAGAUAAAUUCGAAAAAAGCAAUCCUAAUUAUGCUAUUAAUAUAUUUAAACCAUUUUAUAGAAAAGCUUUCAGAAAAAUAAAAGUAGAUAUAGAUCCAUUACAUAUUUUAGAACGUAAUUAUCAAGUAGAGCAUAUGAUAGAUUUAUUAUAUUUAAUAGAAGGUGAAGAGAGUUUAAAUGAUCGAAAAAAUCAAAAUAAUAUACUAGAAGGCUUAAAAACACAUUAUAAAUAUAUUCUUACAUGUCCAGGUUCAAAUAAGAUUUCACAAUGUUUAAUUCUUCUAAAAGAAGAAGCCAAAGAAAUUGAAGCAGAUAAAAAAGAUAAAGAAGAAAAUACUAAAAAAGAAGUGGAGCAGAUAGCAGUUUCAUAUGGAUAUACUAUUCAUUGUUCAGAUAGAACAAUGCAAAAACUAGAAGAUCUAGAAGUUAUUUUAGAUAAGCUUUGUGAAAUAGCUCCAUCUGGAUAUAAUAAAAUUCAUGUAUUUGAUCCUGAAACCAAAAAAUAUUUGGGUGCUUCGCAUAGAAAAUACCACGGGAAAAAAUUAAUGAUUCAAGAUGAGGAAAAAAAUAGAGUAAUAGAUCAUGACUAUAUUACAGGAAAGUUUAGAGGAUCAGCUUAUAGUGGAUGUAAUUUAAAAUUACGAAUCGAUCUAGAAACAAUAAAAAUCCCCAUACUAAUUUGUAAUAGAAGUGGUUAUGAUUUCUAUCAUCUUAUGCAAGAAAUAGCAAAAGUGACAGAUGAAAAAAUAGUGCCAAUAGCAAAUAAUUCAGAACAAUAUAUUACUUUCUUGAGUUAUGACCCUUCAGCCGAAGAAGUUAAUGAAUGGAACCCGCAUCAAGUUAUUGAAUUUUUGGAGUCCUAUAAUAAAGAAAAAAAGUUAUUUCUUGAAGAUGGAGACAUUAAAGCAAUUAAAGAUAACCAUGAUGAAUCUUUAAAUGAUGGUGUAUUGGAAUGUAAUUUCCAUUCAUUUAGUGUAUUAUGCCUACUUGCUGAGAUAAAGAAUGAAAUUGGCAUCAGUAAAUGUGAUCUGACUACCCAGGCUGGGACUUCUUAUGCGAAAUAUUAUACUCAUGAAAAAAAUGAGGAAUUGCUCAAAUGGUACAACUGGCCGUCUUUUAUCUUAUGCUUAGCUGAACCUUGGGUGUGUGUUUUAGAAGCGGUGUAUGUUGAGAAACCCAUUGUAGAUCUCUUAAUGGACCUCAUACCUCUCAUUCCUACAAACAUUCGAGAUCAUGCAGAGCGAGUGGCACAACUAUUCAAAGCUUUGUGUUUGGAGUUAAUAGGCUAA